CAUAAUCUUUCUUUCUGGGCCUUUCCCUGAAAUUAAUUCCUGAUUGACGGUAUAAAAGACCAGCUCCUCCAAGGAGAGAAACUCCCCUGGCUGCCACAGGAGGCCAAGGCACUUGGCAGCGAUGAGCGUCCUUUUCCAUCUCCCAGUCCUUUUGGCUUCCCUGAGCUUGUCCCAGGUUGCAGAAUCUGACACAAAUGAGCAGGACACCCGCACCUUCACCAUCUCUGAUGCUGUGAGUCAGGUUAAGAUCCAGGUCAACAAGGCCUUCCUGGAUUCCCGGACCAGGUUGAAGACGGCCAUGAGCUCUGAGGCACCCACCACCCGACAGCUCUCCAAAUACCUCAAGCACGCCAAGGGCUGGACCCGCAUGGCCAUCCGCCAUGGGCAGGUGUGGGAAGAGUCCUUAAAGAGACUGAGGCAGAAAGCGACCUCGACCAACAUCACAGACCUUAGCCUGGACUUCACUGCACUCUCUCAGGAGGUGGGCUGUGGUGCCCCAGUUCCUUUGGUGAAAUGUGAUGAGAACAGCCCUUACCGCACCAUCACGGGAGACUGUAAUAACAGGAGGAACCCCGCGCUGGGCGCGUCCAACAGGGCGCUGGCGCGCUGGCUGCCGGCGGAGUACGAGGACGGGCUCUCCCUGCCCUUCGGCUGGACGCCCAGGAAGAAGCGGAACGGCUUCCCUGUCCCACUGGCCCGUGAGGUAUCCAACAAGAUUGUAGGCUACCUAAAUGAAGAGGGUGUUCUGGACCAAAACACGUCCCUGCUCUUGAUGCAGUGGGGUCAAAUUGUGGACCACGACCUGGAUUUUGCCCCCGACACGGAACUGGGGAGCAGCGAGUACUCCAAAGUGCAGUGUGAUGAGCACUGUAUCCAGGGAGACAACUGUUUCCCCAUCAUGUUCCCGUGCAACGACCCCAAGGUGAAGACUCAAGGGAAAUGCAUGCCUUUCUUCCGGGCCGGGUUUGUCUGCCCCACUCCACCUUACCAGUCAUUGGCCCGAGAGCAGAUCAACGCUCUGACCUCCUUCCUGGACGCCAGUUUAGUGUACAGCCCUGAGCCGAGCCUGGCCAGCCGCCUCCGGGAUCUCAGCAGCCCACUGGGCCUCAUGGCCAUCAACCAGGAGGCCCAGGACCACGGGCUGGCCUACCCGCCCUUUGACAACAAGAAGUCGAGCCCCUGUGAGUUCAUCAACACCACUGCCCGCGUGCCCUGCUUCCUGACAGGAGAUCACCGAGCCUCGGAGCAGAUCCUACUGGCCGUUUCCCACACCCUCCUUCUCCGAGAGCACAACCGGCUGGCCAGAGAACUAAAGAGACUCAACCCUCAUUGGGAUGGAGAGAAGCUCUACCAGGAAGCCCGGAAAAUCCUAGGAGCCUUCAUACAGAUUAUCACCUUUAGGGACUACCUACCCAUUGUUCUAGGUGAUGAGAUGCAAAAGUGGAUCCCUCCAUACCAAGGCUAUAACAAAUCUGUGGAUCCCCGAAUUUCCAAUGUCUUCACCUUCGCCUUCCGCUUUGGCCACUUAGAGGUCCCCUCCACUGUGUUCCGCCUGGAUGAGAAUUAUCAGCCAUGGGGUCUGGAAGCAGAGCUCCCCCUGCAUACCCUCUUCUUCAACACCUGGAGGAUAGUCAAAGAUGGUGGAAUUGACCCUCUGGUGCGGGGCCUGCUGGCCAAGAAAUCCAAAUCGAUGGAUCAGAAUAAAAUGAUGACGGGCGAGCUGCGCAACAAGCUUUUCCAACCCACUCACGUGAUCCACGGCUUUGACCUGGCUGCCAUCAACAUACAGCGUUGCCGGGACCAUGGGAUGCCUGGGUACAACUCCUGGAGAGGCUUCUGUGGCCUCUCACAGCCCCAAACACUGAAGCAGCUGCACGCCGUGCUGAAGAACAAGGUGCUGGCUGAGAAGUUACUGGUUCUCUACGGGACCCCUGACAACAUUGACAUCUGGAUAGGGGCCAUCGCUGAGCCCCUGGUAGAAAGGGGCCAGGUGGGGCAUCUCCUGGCCUGCCUCCUGGGAAGGCAGUUCCAGCAGAUCCGUGAUGGAGACAGGUUCUGGUGGGAGAACCCUGGGGUCUUCACUGAGGAGCAGCGGAACUCUCUACAGAAAAUGUCCUUGUCACGCCUUGUCUGUGACAACACCCACAUCACCAAGGUCCCGCUGCACCCCUUCCAAGCCAACAGCUACCCCCAAGGCUUUGUGGAUUGCUCAGCCAUCGAUAAGCUGGACCUCUCACCGUGGGCCUCCGAGGAGAAUUAGGGGCCUGGACUCCACGGCCUCCCAAACUGUCCACGAUGCCACUUCAAGCAAGCUCAGUGACCCGGUCCCUUAGAGCUCCAUACCUAGUCCCAGCCCUUCUUUCUAGCCAGGUUUCUCUACACUCCCUGGAUGCACACCUCGCUCAAGCCCGAAGCCAGCCCCCUCGGCCUCUCCAGCUCUUCCUCUUGAAUCCAUCCUCUCUGCUUGCGGAAACCCGCCUUUCUGUCAAGACUCCGAGAUACCCUCUGAGAUACCUUCCAGCCUAGCUUGCCAGAUGUCAGCCAUCCUCUCGCCUGAACAAGUCAAGGCCUUUACACCCUUAUCCCUCCUCCCCGUGAUUGUAAACUCCCCCGUGAUUAGAAACUCCCCAAGAUUGUAAACUCCUUGAGCCGGGGACUUCAGCCCACUUCCAAGUGUGUUCCGUGGGCCCCAGCAUGGUGCUCAGCACACAG